GGAGUUAAACCUUACAGCUGUGAGUUGUGUGGAAAGUCUUUUACCGAGGCUGGAUCCUUAAAAAGACACCAACUCAUCCACAGUGGAGUUAAACCUUACAGCUGUGACUUGUGUGGAAAGUCUUUUACCGAGGCUGGAUCCUUAAAAAGACACCAACUCUUCCACAGUGGAGUUAAACCUUACAGCUGUGAGUUGUGUGGAAAGUCUUUUACCCAGGCUGGAGGUUUAAAAACACACCAACUCAUCCACAGUGGAGUUAAACCUUACAGCUGUGAGUUGUGUGGAAAGUCUUUUACCGAGGCUGGAUCCUUAAAAAAACACCAACUCAUCCACAGUGGAGUUAAACCUUACAGCUGUGACUUGUGUGGAAAGUCUUUUACCGAGGCUGGAUCCUUAAAAAGACACCAACUCUUCCACAGUGGAGUUAAACCUUACAGCUGUGAGUUGUGUGGAAAGUCUUUUACCCAGGCUGGAGGUUUAAAAACACACCAACUCAUCCACAGUGGAGUUAAACCUUACAGCUGUGAGUUGUGUGGAAAGUCUUUUACCCAGGCUGGAGGUUUAAAAACACACCAACUCAUCCACAGUGGAGUUAAAGCGUACAGCUGUGACUUGUGUGGAAAGUCUUUUACCGAGGCUGGAGGCUUAAAAACACACCAACUCAUCCACAGUGGAGUUAAACCUUACAGCUGUGACUUGUGUGGAAAGUCUUUUACCCAGGCUGGACACUUAAAAAGACACCAACUCUUCCACAGUGGAUUUAAAGCGUACAGCUGUGACUUGUGUGGAAAGUCUUUUAACCUGUCUCAUAACUUAAAAAAACAUAGACUCAUCCACAGUGGAAUUAAGGCGUACAGCUGCGACUUUUGUGGAAAAAGGUUCAGUGACAAACAGUACCGAAAUAUUCACCUACGGAUUCACACUGGAAAUGAUGUUUCCUGCUGUGAUCAGUGUGGGAAACUGUUUACAACAGAUGCACAGUUACAACAACACAUGUUUAGCCACACUGAGGAGAGACCUUAUAAAUGUGACCUGUGUGAGAAGACUUUUAAAGCUCCAAAUCAGCUGAAAAUCCACCAACAGAUCCACACCAGAAAGUAACUCUACAAGUGCAGUUACUGUGAGAAGUGGAGCAAAGCACAUGGAUCCAGUUCUCAACCCUGUCGUCACUGUGGUGGUGGGAAAGAGUUUCUCUUUGACCUUUGUAGAAAAACCUCCAAUCACGAACGAGACCUAAAAGGACAUCAACGUAGACACACUGGAGACAAAAUGAACUACAGCAAAGAAUGUGGGAGAGGCUUCCACACACCAAGUACAUUAAAAAUACAUGACCUCUUCCACAGUGGGGUCAAAAAGCACAUCUGUGACCAGUGUGGGUCAUCCUUCACCACUGCACAUGAGCUUAAAGAAAAAGCAUAAGAGAAUCCACACAGGAGAGACACCAUACAAGUCUAGACACUGUGACAAAAGCUUCUUACAAUCAGAUCAUCGUAACAAACAUGAACGUACACACAUGGAAGUGAACUUCAGCUGUGACCAGUGUGACAAGAGCUUCAGGAAUCUCAGUUCAUACUCCGAACACAAACGAUCCCUCACUGUACUGUUUCACUGUUACCAAUGUGCAAAAACAUUCAUUUCAUUAUCUGCUCUGUGCAAACAUCAGCCUGAUCAUGCAGGACUGAAAUCACUGGAUCACAAUGAAUCUGAAGAGAGAGAAAGAUCCUCUUCUGGCUUCAUGGUCAGACUUAAAAACCUUGAGAUCAGGCUCCACAGAGUUCAGAUGGAAUCUCCUGUAAAGAGUGUCAGCUGAUGUCACACUUGGAUCUGAUGAGGUAGCUCUGAUUUCUGGACCUGCAGUGAAUAAUCCUGAAUGUUACAUUUAGGAAGCUGCAUGUAUAGAUAUGCAUAUAAAGUUUAUGUUAUCCCUGUUACAUUUUAGCCUUUGUUUCCUUAGGACACAGUAGUGUUUAGUAGUUGUACUUGUUACUGUAUUGUUAAAGUUAUAGGAAUGUCUUUUUUUACCAAACUAAUAAUGUAUCAGAAUUGCAGAUAUGGAUAUAUAUUUCAAUUUCUUUCAUUUGUACUUUCUUAGUGUUUCCAAAAUUAACUUCUUUUUUUAAUGUAUUCAUUUAAUGUGUUACCUCAGUUAAAUUUAAAUUCUUCAUUCAUAUUUAAACUUUUGCUGUUGUAAAAUCUUCUCUUAAAUCAUUUUCUCCCAAAACUGCAAAUAAUUUCACAGCAGUUGCUGUUAAAAACUCCAAAAUGAACUAAAUCUGUCCACCAGCUUUGAAAAAACACCUGCUGUGACUUUAUGUCCAGAAAAAAGAAACUCAAGCUAAACUGGUUUUGGGCUGUACUUCCAUAUAAUACCAGUUUGUACCAGAAGAUGAAGCAGUGAGUCAGUGUAACCUUUAUUCAAUUAGGCAAAGAACAUUCAUAUUCACAGUGGCAGCAAAGAAAUGUUAAAAGUUAAAAACAGCAGCACACAUCUGGACCAUUUUAAAGAUAACAGGUGACUACUUUUACUUAAUUCAAAUUCUGUUAAACCUCUAUUUUUUGCUCCUCCUUUCACUUUAGUGUAUUUAGUCCUUGUAGUCCACGUUUUUUUUUAAUGAAUUUUGAUCCACAUGUUUGCAGCUGUUUUCUUGUUGAUUUGAAGUUUGUAUUAUGAAAUCCUGAUAAUGUUAAAGUGUUAGUUAUAUUUGAUGAAGUCUGUGUAGAGUUUAUCUUAUUAAACAGUUUGGUGUGAAAAAUAAAGAAUUGGUCUCAGAA